AUGGAGAUUAAGGACCGAGUCUCUAUUGAGAAGCCGACCCCUGUGAAAGGUUCCGCCAAGAAUCGGAACAAGAACAAUCACUGCCACUACCAUGAGGAUAUUGGCCAUGAUACCAACGAGUGCUACAACCUCAAACGCCUGUUGGACCGUUUGGCUGAACAAGGGGUACGCAAGUCCUAUAUUCUGAGGUCCAAGGUUACCCUACAAACUAACACUGGAAAGCCGCCCAAAAAGAAGUCCCACUCUGCUAAUAGUUCAGAUACUGAUGAAACUUUGAUCUAUACAAUAGCAGGCGACUUCACUGGAGGCGGCCCUACCAUCCGGGGUAACAAGAACUACCUCAGGGGCCUUGAUGUAAAUUCAGUCGACGAGGGACAGGCGUCCAAGGAUCCCUUCCCCGAAGUCAUUAUCACUGAAGAUGACAGGGGGAGGGUCAGGAGGCCCCAUGAUGACCCUGUGGUAAUUGAAUGCAAAGUGGCCAACCAAAGAGUUGGCCGAAUCCUCAUUGACACUGGGAGUUCUUCGACCUCAUCAGUCACAAGUGCCUGA